AUGGUCGGGUUCGAGGUCAAGUCGUUGACAGUGAAUGAGAACUCAGGUGUGGUGUCGGUUCCGGUGAAACGCUGGGGAGAUUUGAGUUAUCCGGUGACCCUUGCUUGCCACACCAGGUCACGUUCAGCAAGCGCUGGGUCAGAUUUUGUCGAAAGACGCGCGAACUCUGAAGACUCCGUGAUCGAAUUCAAAUCUGGCCAAGAACUGAAUAAUUGCAACGUGUCGUUGAUCGAUGAUGAUGAGCUAGAAGGGCAAGAAGUUUUCCGCCUCGUCCUCUCGGAUAUUUCCUUGACCAACAGUUCUUCGGGCAUUGUUUGGAAACACACUCCGAAAAUCGGCCCAAGAUCAGACAUCUUGAUCAACAUAAUCGAUCCAGAAGAUGAACCCAUGAUUCAAUUUGCGAGUGAUAAACUAAGGAUUGCGGAGCCGAAGACAGCUAUUAAAUCGCCGGGAAGACUAGCUGUUGAACUUGUUCGAACUGGAGACGUUUCAUCGUCUUCAGUGAUCCACAUUUAUUCCAAAGAUGGAUCAGCAAAAGCUGGAAAGGACUUUGAAGCCGUUAGCAAAGAUGUGAGAUUUGCCGUGGGAUCAACGUCAGUUGAAAUCGAAGUGAAGGUAUUUUUUGACAAUGUGAAAGAAGACACCGAGACAUUCUUCCUACUGCUCAGACCAGUCGGGAACAAGGCCAACGGUGUUGUCAAAUCCAACAGGAGGAAAACUACAGUUCAAAUUUUGGACGGUGGUUUGAGUGAAUUGGUUGCUUUUCCUGCUCCUCCAAUUGUGGCAUCUUUGCGAGACCUGGACUUUGCAGCAGUUGCUCAAAUUGAGCCCAUGAAUGGUUAUCCUUUGGUCUGCAUUUCGUCGUGUCAUCGAAAACAUCCGGAUUUUGCCAAUGGGACAGAAAAGAUUUGCAACAAGGAAGGGAUUGACGAUUCAAUGACAAGAUUCCGGUGGAAGAUCAGUGGGUCAACGAGUGAAGAAUUGCUAGAUUUGAAUGACGAUACCAUCUUCACAAGGGUUGAUAGAAUUACGUUGGACAGCAUUUACUUGACGCCAGGUGGUCGGGUCCAGUGUUUGACAACUGCAGUGGCAAUAGAUGGGAAAAAGGGGAUCGAAACGGCUUCAAACAUUGUCCGGAUUUCAAAAACUCGGGGCUUGUGUCCUCGCAAACACGACGCAUUCGGUUCCGAACCUUUCUUGUCGAAAAUCCGCUACUCGGACGACCCUUCGCACCCAGAUUUAGUGGAAUUCGACGUUAUUGUCCCUCAUGCCGACGGAUUGCUGCCGGUUUUCUCCACAAGACCAAUUUUGAAGCCGCUCCAGAUAACCCUAAGUCCUCUGAGCACAGUUCGAACAUCUGAGCAUUUUUGCUCGAAUCUGCUGCUUCCUGAAGAGCAACCGACGAGGUUUGGUUUCAACAUGAAAACGACCUUCAGUCGCGGAGACAAUUUCCGGGAAAUCGGAGAAGUUGAACCUUAUCAAUUGGACGCAUCUCUUCGGGGAAAAGAAGCCGUAGUUUUAUACAGUCAUUUGGACUUGGAUUCAUGUUCAUGGAUGUUCCGAAGCUUCUUCAACAUGUCUGACUUGAUGUCCAAAUGCGGUGGCAUGAUCUCGACGGAAAAUCAGGUUUUGAAUUUGGUUCAGUCUUUUGUGAGUGUAACCGUGCCCUUGUACAUGAGCUACGUUGCCAAGGAUUUCAGUGGAUCCGGAGGAUGGAUUCAUCAAGAUAUGGAGACAAAUUUGAAGUUGACAUUCAUGUACAACACAGCUGUCUUGUCGGAUGAAAGCGUCGCUGCAGUUUCGUCUCGGAAAUCAUCUGGGAAAUUGCAUCCUCAAAGCAUGCGUCUGCUCCCUGAUGGCAGACUUGAAGUGAAAUUUAAGACAAAACCCUUCUUCAGAGGGUUCUAUCUACUUCAGAACAACGAAGGAGACAAAUCGUACGUGAUAUCGAAAGAUCAUCCUCAUUUGCAAUUCGAUAUUAAGCUGCUGAAGACCGAGGACACCAUUGAAAAACCUCAGCAGGAGUGGAUUUUCAUUUCGGACUACGCUGUAAGUUCGGAAAUAGGGGACUCGAAAGAUUCCGGACGAUCCCCGAUGUCAUCAAUGCGUUUGCCACCGGAAGCGAGUUGCACUGCGCAAAAAAUGUCGGGUUUCACACUCAAGAUCCGUUUCCAGCAGCUGUCUGAUCCCGUGCCUUCCAAAUUCUCACUUAACACGCAAUUCUUGCUGCUGAAGAAGAAAAUUUCAGUGGCUGCGUCAGCGUCUAGAAUUCACACGGACAACAGUGCUGGAAUUUUGGCAGAAUUUUCUUCGGACUCGGAGGAAGCUUUCGUGCCUGAGGACUACAUUCAUGGGGUGCUAAGGAUGAAUCCACUGGAGAAUUGGGGUGGACACUUUGGUCUCAGAAUUGAAAAGUGUUUCCUAUGCGCGGGUGACAACAGUCAUGUGCCAAAGUUUAAUCCGAACCUGGAGGAAUAUGGAUGCAUUUUACCAAGCCCAAGAUUGAAGCAUCACUUCAAAAUUCUC